GUUUCCAUCAUAUGUUUAUCAUCAUAACUUCCAAUAUUCAGUGGCUGUAUUGCAGUUGUAUGGUAUUUGAUGGUAUUAAUUGGCUUAUACGUGUGUACCGUGGAACAUUACUGUGAUUAAAAAGUCUGAUUUAACUAAACUUUUAUUGUUUGUUGUGAGGAGAGUAUUUACACUAUAGCAAACAUGUCGACUGAUGUCAACAUGCAAGCUGAAAAGCCCAAUGGAGAAGCAAGUGUCGCUAAAACUGAAGAAGAAGAGGGCAGAUCAUCUAAAGACCUGCAUGCGCAAGAAAGCGGUCCUGUUUACGGAGGUUGUGAGGGACCAAAUGCAAUGUAUGUGAAGCUGGUCAGUAGCGACGGACAUGAGUUUAUAGUUAAACGAGAACAUGCAUUAACGAGUGGUACUAUCAAAGCAAUGUUAAGUGGUCCCGGUCAGUUUGCAGAAAAUGAAGCCAAUGAAGUCAAUUUUCGAGAAAUUCCGUCUCAUGUGUUACAAAAAGUCUGCAUGUAUUUCACUUACAAAGUGCGCUACACAAACAGCAGUACAGAAAUACCGGAGUUUCCUAUUGCACCAGAGAUUGCCUUAGAGCUGUUGAUGGCUGGCAAUUUUUUAGAUUGCUAAAUAUUAUCCAUAGGCAUACAUCGGCCUGUUUUUGGCAACUAUAGAAUCAAUACAGCUUUCUUCAUUACAAUCGUCUAGAAUAUAUCUAUGUAUUAUGAUGCUUUGGAAGAUCAUAUUGGAGAACAAUCGAUUCCUUUGACCUUCUGAUGUUCGUAACAUAGAUAUUUUAGUGUAACUAGACAAUGCAAUAUUUUAUAAUUACAAAUCCUAAAUUAAUUUUAUUUGUAUUUGGUAAUUUAUAUUUAUGGUUAUAAUAUGAUAUCACUUGGCAUAACGAUAAUUAUCGAUUAAUAUCCAUGGAUUAUCCAUUUGAUCAUACAUACAUACAUAUAUUAUCUGUUACCUAACUUGUCAUACUAUUUCAAUAUAAAAUUAUUGUUAAAAUUAGAAACGAUUUAAUACAAUAUUCUCGAAUCACGAACUGUAUGAGACAGAUAUUACGUUUCUCUUCGUAUUAACGUUAUAUCAACUGUAUAUAAAUAUUAAUCUCUUUCGUUAAAUAUAGAUAUAAUAAUUUAUUUUUUAGUGUACAUUAAAUAUAUUUACAGUUGUACAAUCAUUGUCCAGGCACAUUGUGAAGUAUAUCGAUAUAUUGCAGAAGAAAUGCUUGAUUGAGCAUUAAAUAAGAUCACUUAAUCCAUAAACUAAUUAUAAAAAAUUAAACAUGCGAUAUGCAAAAGAACACUACAGUUUUAUAGGAUGUUUCUAAGACAUAAUCUGAUGUACUAAUAAAUAGAAUGUACAAAAGACA